AUGUCCUCCCCCACAGAUGUGCUCUCUCAACCUAUCGGUAUCAUUGGCGCUGGGGCAGCCGGACUCAUCACUGCGCAUGUCCUACUACAAGACGGCUUUACGGACGUAACACUUGUUUCCCGGGACAAAUCCGUUGGUGGUACCUGGGCGCAACAUCGGGUUUAUCCUGGAUUGCAUAUCAACAACGUGCAUGGUCAAUACCGCUUCUCCGCGCUGGAUAUGCCCCCUCCGGAAAGGUAUGAGCAAACUGGCGCCCGGUUGACUGGGACCGAUGUAUCCAAAUACAUGGAAACAUUCACGGAGAAGUUUUUGAAGAAUAAAGCCAAGUUUCGUAUGGAGAUGGAAGUGCUGAAUAUCCGACGCAAUGAGAAGGGCAUCUGGCUGGUUAAAACGGAGAACCUCAGAUCCGGCUCGGAGGAGAUUUUGACAUUUUCGCGGAUCAUUCUCUCUACUGGGGGCUGCAGCAACCCCAGCAUUCCCGCUAACCUUUCUCCGGAUGCAGCUAAGAAGGCGGGAUUUGGGGGAAUUGUCAUUCAUUCGUCACAAUUUGCUCCCUGCUUGGAUGAAAUCCUGGCCUCUGUCAAGCCGAAAGCGACGAGCAAUGGCGACCCAUUAGAUGCUGUCAUUGUUGUUGGUGGUGGAAAAUCAGCGCGCGACAUGUGCGCGAAGUUGGCCAAUGAAGGACGCAAGGUCACGAAUGUCUUUGAAGUCGCAGAUGCCUUUUUUGCCGGUCCAGCUCCCCUACCAGCUUUCAUUCGUAAGAGCAGAUUCAUGGCCAUUUUUUCGCCCCACAUUGAGCUCAGGAGUCACCUGGAGCGAUUUCUCCACAAGACUUGGAUUGGGGGCCUCAUUACGCGGUUUCUGUGGAGGACACUACUUAAACAAGCGUUUGCCGCAUACAAAAUUCCAAACGAAUCCCCUCUCCGGCGUACACACUCAAAUUUUUGGGGUCUUCGUCUCAGCGAUGAAGGACUGGUACGGCCGGACAGCUUCCAUGGGCUGGUAACCGCAGGGCAUAUUGACCUCGCUGCUCCUACCAGAGCCAUUGGGUAUGCAAAAGACGGGAAAUCUCUGCUCUUGAGUGACGGACGGACGCUUCCGGCGAAAGUUGUGAUUUUAGCCACAGGGUACCAAUCUUCCUGGUCGCCUAUCUUCGAAAAGGACAUGGCUGAAGAGCUUGGCAUCGCCAGACACACCCCCACUUGUGAUUUUGAAAACGAAUGGAAAUAUGCUUCAUUGGCAAACCCACCCCCUCAACCCUCUGAACAAAGCAAAUGGGCUACCUCAAUACACCGAGGCAUUGUUCCCGCGAAGAAUAUUGACAGGCGUGACUUUGCAAUUGCAGGCGCACUGUUCUCUGCUGAUUUUGCUCAUGUCAGCGAAGUAGCUGCUCACUGGACAGCAUCGUAUUUUCGCAACGAUCUCAUGCGCCUUCCUUCAUCUCCUGAAAAGGCCAUGUCUGAAGGGGAGCGAAAGUCCGCUUGGAUGAAGACCCGAUUCCCUCAGAUGCUCUCUUGGUUGAAUGACAGCCACAGUGGUAGUCUGGAUUUCAUGACUUGGCCCCAAGCCGUUGACGAGCUAUUGGAAGAUAUGUUUCUCCCAAGCUUGCGCAGUGGUGGUAAUUGGUUGACCUGGCCUUUCAAAGUUGUUGACGUAAAAGAAAUCGCAACCUUGAGUGAGGAGCGUCGCUCAUUAAGGGGAACGUCUCCCUAA